AUGCCAGCCGAUGUGGCUGACAACGGCGGAAAGAUGCUUCAGAGGUUCGAGCAGAGGGCCCGCGUCAACAGGAUCUCUACAGAGGAGGCCACAGGCGCUGUGUCCGCGGACCGUCCAGACUCGAAUCCGCCUAGCCAAGGCUUCUCAGUGGAGCCCCGGGCCCGGGGGGUCAGUGCUCCCCGCCGUCCGAAGGCCAAGGCGGCACCAGAGCCUCGGCCUCCGUCGACGAACUCCAGGCCGCCUUCCGGAGCUUCGGAAGGCUCUGGCUGUCCGCGCUGCGGAAGGGCACUGCAGGGUCGUGCACUGGUGAUGCACUUGAAGACCUGCGGCGUUCCAAGCCGUUCCAGAGGAGAUCCCUUUGCGAAGCCCGACCCUGCGCAGUCGUCGCAGUCGACUCCUACCCGAGGGUAUAGAGCGACAGGUGCAGGAAGCGGCGACCGCACGGGCAAGGCUCAACAGCCGCCUCCCUCACCGCCAAUACCAACUGCAAACCGACGGAAUGUGCCAGCCCAAGAGCGGCCUCCGUCACCACCAAUACCAACUCACAGCCGACGGACUGGACCAGCCCAACAUGCCCAACAGCGCCCCACGUCACCACCUUUACCAACCGCAAGCCGGCAGAACGGCCCCGUGCCCGCAGCUAGACCCGGCUCGCCAGCCCUUCCCGGAGCUGGUGCUCAGGCCAUGGGCUCGGCCUCUCUUGCAAUGCACGAGGAGGCCGCCCCGCCGGACGAGCCCAUGGCUCCUUGCCCCCACUGCGGUCGCACCUUCAGGAUCUCUGCUCUGGAGAGGCACGUAGGCAUUUGCCAGAAGGUCUUCCAGGAGAAGCGGAAGGUGUUCAAUGCAGUCAAGCAGGCUGUCCCUGAUGAGGCAGCGAAGGCGAAGAAAGCCCAUGAAAAGCAGGAGAAGAUGGAGAAGGUGGCGCAGGGCCGAAAGGGCCCGCAGGACCGGCCCAUCAAGCCUGGUGCGCAAAGUGAUGCAAUCACUGAUGCCCGACAGCACGGCCCAAAUGGUGCUCAGGUGCGGGAGGAACCGCCUUCAAUAUGGUCCUUCAAGGAGAAGGCAGAGAAGCGGGACAGACACGGCAUGCCAGGAGGCUCGUUCCGUCGCUUCUCCGCAGUCUCGGAAAUCGUGGAGCGUGUGUCUCCACUGCUUUGUGAACUGCUGGGCUACGAGCCGGAAUCGCUGAUUGGCAGGAUUAAGGACAUUCCCCUGCCCAGGAAUCAUGGCAGAAUCAGCAAAGCGGUGAUGAGCGUGCUGGUACUGAUGCCCGCUGUGGUAGCGGAUGCCCAUGCGGCGCUCUUUCGCCGGCUCCGUGAGGCACCAGCCUCGAAACGCGCAGCGCUCGUUGCAGGGCACAUUUCGCGCUGCCGCGACGCCGUAAUUCUGGAUGCAGACGGGAUGCCACUUUCUUGCCGGCUUCUGGUGCACAUCCAUGGAGACCUUUCGUCAAAGCUUGUAUUCGAGAGAGUCAGGGGCAAGAUUGCGCAGUGCGUUCCACGCGGCUUCGGACAGUUCUUGCGCCAGCCUGCGGCUCCCCACAUCAUUGACUGCCAGGAGGUGGCUUGUAUCAUGACGGAUGUGGCAAACACGACGCGCUUCGCGACAUCUCAACCUCCACGAAUGAUGGCCGAGCUCCUACAUCAGGUCUACGUCACAGCCAACAGGGUAGUCCAGAGGGAGGCUCACCCCUACGUGUACAUCCACGAGGCAGUGGGCGACAGCUUGCUGUUGCUCUGCAAUGCUGAGUUCAUGGCGCGAUAUCCAGGCCGAACGGCUUCGAUUGCGAUCUACGUGGCUGCCGAGGUGCAGAAGGCUGUGGACAAAAUGCUUUCAGCGUUCGCAGACGGUGAUCAUGGAAUGUACCUGCGGACUGGAAUUGCUUUGGGGCCAUUGUGUGCUGGAGUGGUGGAUGGUCGCAACUUCCGCGUAUUCGGGUCCACGAUCCAUCUCUCUCAGCGAUUGGAAUCCGUUUGUCCGCGCUCGCGCAUUGCCUGCUGCAAAAACUUCACCGCACAACUCCUUGAUGAGGUCAGCUCGCGUGACCUCCAUGUUGUCCCGGCGGCAGUGGAUUUGAAGGGCUUCGGCACUGUGGAGUACUCGGUGGUGAACUUUCUCGGCUGCAGUCUCCCAGGUCAUCAGGCCAAAGCUGUUUGA